AAAAUAAUAAUAUGAAAAAUGCUUUCAAUGAUCGAUGAGAGUUAGUUAUAACAUAAGAAAAUUUAUUUGAAAAGUGUGGCAUUGCACUAACUAAAGGAAAGCCCAAACGGUGAAACUCCAGAACAAAGAGCAGUCCACUCAAAGCUGUUAGAAAGCUGCCUUCCAUUCUUUAAUGACUGUGCCCAAUGCCUUCAUAAAAAAGACAGCAAUCACAGAGAGAGAGAGAGAGAGAGAGAGAGAGCUUUCUAUCUAUCUUCUUCCCUAAGCUCUUUUUUUCCUCCUGCCCACCACCACACCAAAUUCUCUCCAAACGAACCCCUCACUUCUCCCCCUCUUCAUUCUAUUACAAUCAAAGCGAUCAGUCUAGCUUCAAAAGCAAAGCUCCUCCUUUUACUAACCAAUGUUCCGAAUCGCAACCUCACAGCUUCCGCCCGAGGAAUUCGCGCCGCCUUCCUCCGCCGAAAACGCCGUCACCCACAAAAGGAAACGCCGGCCGGCCGGCACCCCAGACCCAGACGCAGAGGUGAUCUCUCUCUCCCCACGCACCCUCCUCGAAUCAGAACGCUACGUAUGCGACAUCUGCAACCAAGGCUUCCAGCGCGAUCAGAACCUUCAAAUGCACCGCCGGCGUCACAAAGUGCCAUGGAAAUUAACGGUCAAAAGCAACCUCGCAUCUUCCGGCGCGGCGGCUGCGGCAAAAAAGAGAGUUUUCGUGUGCCCGGAGGCCACCUGCUUGCACCACCACCCGUGCCACGCGCUCGGCGAUCUCGUCGGAAUAAAGAAGCAUUUCCGCCGCAAGCACUCGGCGAAUAGACAGUGGGCCUGCGCGCGUUGCUCAAAGGCUUACGCCGUUCAUUCCGACUAUAAGGCCCAUUUGAAGACUUGCGGCACGCGCGGCCAUUCCUGUGAUUGCGGCCGCGUUUUCUCCAGAGUAGAGACUUUCAUCGAACACCAAGACUCCUGCACCGCCACCAAGACCCGAGAGCCGCCUCCACCGCCGGUGGCACCGCCAUCCAACCAUUCUCACUCAACUUCCAGCCCCACCACAUCCGACGACGACACCAUCCCUGAUCCACCGCCGCCGCCGCCUCCUCUUCUACCAUUCAUUCUAGCACCACCGAACCACAACAAGGAAGCACUAUCGCUCCUCCCUUUCCUUCCCCACCAUCCGUCUAUCCCCGUCAACACCGCCGACCUCCAUCUCUCCAUCGCUCCGCCGGCAUCACCGUCUCAACAGGCUAAGACGGCGAAGGCGGCGGCUGAUAAGGCAAGAGAAGAGGCAUUGCGAGAUGUUCAUUUAGCGGAGAGAGAACUAGUUGCCGCUCGUAGGGUAAGGCAGCAGGCUCAAGCUGAGCUCGAAAAAGCUUGCCAGCUCAGAACAGCCGCCGCACGGCAAAUUCAUUCAAUUCUGCUUCAAAUUACAUGUGGUGACUGCCGGCAGAGAAUGCUGAGAAACUCUGCGCCGCUCGCCGGCGGCAAUAGUUUCAGUGGUGAUGAUGAGAGUAGUGGACAUAAAUCCCUCAGACUUUGAUUAGUUUGAUAAUUGAUUAGUGGUGGUUGUUGUCAAAGUAAUUAGCAGUUAAUUAUUUGUUAAAAGAAAUGUUUAGUGUGAAAGCUUUAAGAUGUUUAGCCUUUCAA